UUAUUUACUCUGGCGGUAUGCAAUUUCACCGGAAAAGUGGUCUGUACUUUUUCUUCACCGGCUUGGAACAUUGACUGAAAAGUCAUUAAAAGCGUUCCCUAUAUCGUCUCUAUUUAUAAAAUACUCGUGUAAAUAGACCUAGCACAUAUUCUGGCAAACUGACUCAUUCGUAACGCCGCGGUUCAUCCCAUAUUCGGUUGUGGAUUUCGACGUCCACAAUCCAAUCCAGACAAAGUUCACUCAUCAGGUCCUUAUUUAGCAACAAAAGAAAAAAAACCCAGCAAGCCAUGGACAGUAAAGAGUUCCGCCGUCGGGGCACGGAAAUGGUCGAGUACAUCUGCAACUAUCUGGAAACGCUCGAGGAACGGCGGGUCACGCCGAGCGUGGAACCGGGCUACCUGCGGCACCUGCUCCCCGGCGAGGCCCCGGAAAAUCCGGAACCGUGGGAAAAAAUCAUGCAGGACGUCGAGAGUAAAAUCAUGCCCGGCGUGACGCACUGGCAGCAUCCGCGCUUCCACGCGUACUUUCCCUCGGGGAACUCGUUCCCGUCCAUUCUGGGCGACAUGCUGAGCGACGGAAUCGGCUGCAUCGGGUUCUCGUGGGCGGCCAGCCCGGCCUGCACCGAGCUUGAGACGAUCGUGCUGGAUUGGUUGGGCAAAGCCAUCGGCCUGCCGGAUCAGUUCCUGGCGCUGAAGCCGGGCAGCAAAGGAGGCGGCGUAAUUCAGACUUCCGCGUCCGAGUGCGUCCUGGUGACGAUGCUGGCCGCCCGGGCCCAGGCCAUCAAGGUGCUCAAGCAGCAGCAUCCGUUCGUCGAGGAGGGCCACCUGCUGUCCAAGCUCAUGGCCUACUGCUCGAAGGAGGCGCACAGCUGCGUCGAGAAGGCCGCCAUGAUUAGCUUCGUCAAGUUGCGCAUCCUGGAGCCGGACGAAAAGUGCUCCCUCCGGGCGGACACGUUGCGAAAGGCCAUGGAGGAGGAUGAACAGCAGGGUUUGAUACCGUUUUUCGUGUCAACCACGCUCGGAACUACCGGUUCGUGUGCGUUUGACGAUCUGGCCGAGAUUGGUGAAGCUCUGCAGCGCUUCCCCAGCGUCUGGCUUCACGUGGACGCAGCCUACGCGGGUAAUUCGUUCAUAUGUCCAGAGCUCAAGUAUCUGCUGAAGGGCAUCGAGUACGCCGACUCGUUCAACACCAACCCCAACAAGUGGCUGUUGACCAACUUUGACUGCUCGACGCUGUGGGUCCGUGACCGGAUUCGGCUUACGUCAGCUCUAGUGGUUGACCCUUUGUAUCUCAAGCACGGUUAUUCGGACUCGGCCAUCGACUACCGUCAUUGGGGUGUCCCGCUGAGCCGACGCUUCCGGUCGCUCAAGUUGUGGUUCGUACUGCGCAGUUACGGAAUCACCGGGCUGCAGAACUACAUCCGUCACCACAUCGAUCUGGCCAAGCGAUUCGAGCGGCUUGUGCUGAAGGAUAGUCGCUUCGAGGUGUGCAACGAAGUCAAGCUCGGACUGGUGUGCUUCCGGCUCAAGGGCACUGACCGGAUCAACGAGAAGCUACUGAGCUGUAUCAACGCGUCCGGCAAGAUCCACAUGGUACCGGCAUCGGUCAACGAGCGGUACGUGAUCCGGUUCUGCGCAACGGCUCAGAAUGCCACCGUUGAGGAUAUUGAUUACGCAUGGGACGUCAUAACGGACUUUGCGGCGGAGAUCCUGGAGAAGGACCAAGCCGACGAGGUGACCGAGAUCGUGGACCGGCGCAAAACGCACACGCUCGCCCAGAAGCGAUCGUUCUUCGUGCGUAUGGUCAGCGAUCCGAAGAUCUACAAUCCGGCCAUCAACAAGGCGCAGACGCCAUUGAGGAUUUCCGGCGAGCUGACGUCACCGUCGACCGAUGGAACCGUCGUUACCGUGCAGUCGCCAAAAACUCCCGGAUCAGCUUCUUGGAUCAGCUGGCCGUUGGCCUUCCUGUUCGCCAACUCCGAGGAUGGGCCAAAAAACGAUAUGCCAUUGAGAUUCCGUCAUCUGGACACCAUGGUCCGACUGUCCGCUUCGCGUCGUAACUCGGCAACCGGCGGAGGAUCGUCACCGGAGGGUGAAAACGGACUGGUUCUGGCCAAAUCGCCCAAGCGAUCUCCCAUUAUGAUACGAAGACGGGGUACGUCACCGAGUUCCGGUGGUGCCGGCAAUGGAUCGGACAAGUAAUUUUAAA